AUGGUGAAGGAAGAGUUGGCAGCAGUAGCGCAUCCAUUGUUCGCAUUAGAGCGCCUGGGGCCAUUUCCUCGUGGAUGGAAGGACAGUAACCCCGAUGGUAACUCCAAGGUUACGGUCGCUCAAAGCCGUCUUCUGGCUCAAAUGCCCAUGUCUGCGCCUCGCCAGGAGCUCGUUCCAAAGCGGAAUUCUAUAGUGAGAGACCCAUUGAAGAUCCAGUACGAGUUCCGAGCUGUGGACGUCUCUAGGACAGGAGCUGACGCGGGAUUCAGCAGUGCACUAACCAAACAGGACGAAUACGCUCGUGGGAAGAUGAGUAACAAGCCCUUCUCCCCUGGAGGAGACUCACUGGCGGAAUUAGAGACGGAGAAGCUCGAACAAGAGCUGAGUCCCAUGCAGAAGCUGCUACUGAAGGAAGAGGAGCAGAAGCGGAACCUAUUGGUGCUAGGAGAAGGCCAAGAUGUCGACGAAACGUUGCUAGAGAGUCUGGUGUUUGAUGUGCCAGGGAUUAACGGCUGCUUAACUGCUGAAGAUGUUAAGAACAGGGAGACAAAGGAGGUGGAGCAAGUCACCGAGGUGGAAAACGUCGGAGAGAACCCGAAAAACCUGCUAAAACCGUACUUUGAAGCGGUGGCGGAUCCAGAUCACGUGGCAGCCAUCCGUAGUGCUGUACUGGACGAGAAAGCCGCCAAUGCUAUGCGGCAGAACGAUGACAACACGACAGUCGGACUGGACCAAUUGUUACGCGAGAUGGAGGACGACGGAGAGCUCAUGGAGCUAGGAUUCUCAGUUGAGGACGCCGAGGAGGAAGAUGGCAGCACUCAGGCACAUACUGAAGAUAUUGAGGCAGUGGGAACAGCUGAUAAGAGCGUCAAGGCGGCGUCUGGUGAGGUAGAAUCGUCUACUGACGAUGAUAGCAUUGAAGACCCGGAGACGGCAUUGGAGACGAUUCUGGACGCUGCUUCAGAGUCGAGUACACUGACAUUACAGAAGAGAACUAGCCCCACGUCCGAGUGGGCCAGUAUGGCGAGUGUUGACGUGCGGAACUUCCACGAGAAGGUCCCUGAGAUGGCCAUGAAGUACGAGUUCGAGCUGGAUGUGUUCCAGAAAGAGUGCGUCAUUCAUCUGGAACGCCACGAGUGUGUUUUCGUGGCUGCGCACACGUCUGCAGGCAAGACUGUGAUCGCAGAAUACGCCAUCGCAAUGUCCCAAAGGCACAUGACGCGCACCAUCUACACGUCGCCUAUUAAGGCCCUGUCCAAUCAGAAGUACCGCGACUUCCGCUCCAAGUUUGGACCCGAUAAUGUCGGACUUAUUACCGGUGACGUCAGUAUCAAUCCGGACGCGAGUUGUCUCGUUAUGACGACGGAAAUCUUGCGCUCGAUGCUGUAUCGCGGCGCUGACAUUAUUCGGGAUAUCGAGUGGGUGAUCUUUGACGAGAUCCACUACAUCAACGACAGUGAACGUGGUGUCGUAUGGGAGGAAGUGAUCAUCAUGCUGCCUGAACAUAUCGGGAUGGUUUUCCUCUCAGCGACGACGCCGAAUCAUUUGGAGUUCUCGGACUGGAUUGGGCGUACAAAGAAGCAGAAGAUCCAUGUGAUCUCCACUUACAAGCGGCCUGUCCCUCUCCAACACUUCCUGUAUGCUGGUAAAGAGCUCUUCAAGAUAUACGACGCUACCUCUGGAUAUCUGCCAAAUGCUCAUGGUGCAGCUAAGAGCAAGCUCUUCCCGAUGUCAGACAAGUCAAAGGCUGGUCGAGGUGGCGGGGCCGUCGCUCGUGGUGGCGGCAGUAGUGCCAAUGUCCGUAGUAUCCGCACAUCAGGAGGUGACCAGGGCGAGUGGACCAAGUUGAUCAACACUCUAAAGGACAAGGCGUUGCUGCCAGUGGUGGUCUUUGCCUUCAGUAAGCGUCUGUGCGAGGAGAGCGCUAGUAAGUUAGCCAAGCUUGACCUGAGUACUCCAUCCGAGCGGUCAGAGAUUCACCUCUUCCUGGAGACGAGCGUCCAGCGCUUACAGGGAUCCGACCGUGAGUUACCGCAAGUGUUGACCAUGAAGGAGAUGCUGAAACGCGGUAUUGGCGUCCACCACGGUGGCUUACUCCCGAUCAUCAAGGAGAUGGUCGAGAUCUUGUUUGGUCGCGGUCUCGUCAAGGUUCUCUUCUCGACCGAGACGUUCGCGAUGGGUGUCAACAUGCCUGCGCGUACAGUCGUCUUCAACGGCAUUCGCAAGCACGACGGCAAGAACUUCCGUGAUCUUGUCCCAGGCGAGUACACGCAGAUGGCUGGACGUGCUGGUCGUCGUGGGCUGGACUCGGUUGGUACCGUGAUCAUCGCGUGCUGGAACGACGUCCCGGAGGCCACGUCGCUGAGAACGAUGCUGGCAGGAAAGGCCACGUCGCUCUCGAGUCAGUUCCGCUUGACGUACAAUAUGAUGUUGAACCUCCUGCGCGUGGAAGUGCUGACAGUUGAAGACAUGAUGAAGCGCUCGUUCUCCGAGUUCCACACGCAGAAAGCCCUCGCUUCGAAGAACCUCCCACAGUUGAUUCAUAAGGGCAAGACGUUGUUGCAGCAGCUGGAGCGGUCACUUGUAGAAGACUACCCGCAUCUCGAAGCUAGUGGCGAGUUGGCUCAGAUGCAGGCGUUCUACCAACUCAAACGGGACAAGCGAGAGCUGGAGAAGAAGCUGACGAAGUGGCUACUGGCGAACAACCUCCAAGCGGCCAAGAACGCGAUUGCUCCUGGACGUGUCGUACUUGUCAACGUCAAGGGGCUUUCAUCGGACCACUUGGCGCUUGUGGUGCGGACAACUGCAGCCGUGGUGGGCGAGGGCACUGCAAGAUCCAAGCUGGCGUUUGAGACGGAACUGCCGAGCUCAGGGACGAGGGAUGCAGCGCAGAGACGAGUCUUCAAGUCGAUCAUGGUCGUCACUCUGUGCUCCGACGACUACGAGCCUCCGAAAGUGGAGAUACCGUCCGAGACCAAGAAGAAGAAUCUCCACGCUUUGACGGGUGGACGGAUGCUUCGUAGCAAGAAAGACGACGACGAUCGUAUGUUUGGACGCAUGGGGAAGAAGGACACAGCGGACAGUCAGGAGAGUGCCGAGCUCACUGCACCGUCGACUGGGACGCUGCUGGGCAGGAAGUAUGCUGUUCUGGAGGUGCCCGAGAGCUGCGUGGAGAGUGUGACGUCGCUUGUAGCUUCCAGUAUCAACACCAAGACGCUGGUGGCUUCCUCGUCCAAGAAGGAACUCGCUAGUAGCAUCGAGUUCCUCACGCAACUCGACAAGGACGCAGCAGCGACGCAGAAGGCAGCGAUCCCGUACGUCGACUUGAUGAGAGAGCUCAAGGUGAACGACCUAGAAGUCGCCACGGGCUACACGCAAUGGCAGCAGCUCUACUCGCUGGUUGUGAGUCAUCCGUGCGCUACCGACUCCCCGUCCGUGUCUCGUGUGAUGAAGAAAGUGGACAAGAUGUUCAAACUCCAGGCCUAUCUGGUGCGUAUGACUCGACAGCUGUCGAACGAUUCGCUGUCGCUCUUUCCAGACUUCCAGCAACGUCUGAGUGUGUUGAAACGACUUGGCUACAUCUCGGACGACGGCGUCGUGCAAGUGAAAGGACGAGUGGCGUGUGAGAUCAACACGUGCGAGGAGCUGGUGCUGACCGAGAUGAUCUUCGAGAACGUGUUGGCGACGCUCGAGCCGGAGGAGAUCGUGGCGGUGCUGUCGGCUCUCAUCUUCCAGGAAAAGUCCCAGUCCGAGCCAACACUCACGCCCACGUUGGAGACCACGCGCGAGGUGGUCAAGAACAUCGCCGAGUCGCUGGGCCUCAUCCAGUUGGAGCAGCGUCUUGAGAUCGACCCUGCCGUCUACUGCAAAGGAGCGCUCAACUUUGGAUUGAUGGAGGUGGUGUACGAGUGGGCUCGAGGCAUGCCCUUCAAGCAGCUGUGCGAGCUCACAGACGUGCAGGAAGGCUCCAUCGUGCGCUGUAUCACGCGUCUGGACGAGGUUUGUCGUGAAGUGCGCAACGCCGCACGAGUCAUCGGAGACCCGCAGCUCUAUCGCAAGAUGGAAGUCGCCUCCGAAGCCAUCAAGCGAGAUGUCGUGUUCGCGAGCAGUUUGUACCUGUCUUAA